AUGCGUACCACCUCUCCAGUCCCCGUCUACCGGUCGACAAGAGAUACCCGGAAUGCUCCUCUGUGGAACCCGACCUCAAAGGACCUGUUGUCAGUGGAGGAUGACGAGGCUGGACGUUUAGCCGGUUUCAGAGCUAGAUUCGGACGCAGCUUUGAUGCAGCUUCGACGACUGCCACAGCCACCACGACAAAGACUGAUGACGCUGUCGAAGAUCCGGUUGAGACGGACCCUGUCAAAGCAGCAGUCGACAGCCAAGUUGAUACGAAAGGUCAUUCAACCGAAGCACUGCCCGGCCACGCAAGGCGGAAGCAGAGAAACAUUCAGUUUGAAGAUGAAAAGAAUGAGUUUGAGGAGGAUGAUAUGAACCUUCUGGACUUGAUCAACUCCUUUGGUCGCCAACAGGCGCAGCAACCGAGCAAUAAGGGGAAGGAUGAAAAUAAAUAG